GCGGAGGCAGCAGCGCGCCCCCCCGCCCCCGCCCGCCGCCCGCCGCCCCCCUCGCCCCUGCCGGGCCGCGGAGCUGCGAUGCCCUCGGACUUCAUCUCUCUGCUCAGCGCCGACCUCGACCUCGAGUCCCCCAAGUCCCUCUACUCCAAGGAAUCUGUCUAUGACCUUCUCCCAAAGGAGCUGCAGUUACCACCUUCCAGAGAAACAUCUGUAGCAUCCAUGAGCCAAACAAGCGGUGGCGAGGCAGGUUCGCCGCCUCCAGCUGUAGUUGCUGCUGAUGCUUCUUCAGCUCCUUCCUCUUCCUCCAUGGGCGGUGCUUGCAGCUCCUUUACCACCUCUUCCAGUCCUACCAUUUACUCUACCUCAGUCACCGACAGCAAGGCUAUGCAAGUGGAGAGCUGCUCCUCAGCCGUGGGGGUAAGUACCAGAGGGGUAAGUGACAAGCAGUUAACCAGUAACACAGUCCAGCAGCAGCAGUCAACGCCGAAGAGACACACAGUCCUGUACAUCUCGCCACCACCUGAGGACUUGCUGGACAACAGUCGGAUGUCCUGCCAGGAUGAGGGGUGUGGAUUGGAGUCAGAACAGAGCUGCAGUAUGUGGAUGGAGGAUUCACCCUCCAACUUCAGUAACAUGAGUACCAGUUCCUACAAUGAUAACACUGAGGUGCCACGUAAAUCACGCAAACGAAAUCCAAAGCAGAGGCCAGGGAUCAAACGUCGAGAUUGUGAAGAGUCCAACAUGGAUAUAUUUGAUGCCGACAGUGCCAAAGCUCCUCACUAUGUCCUUUCUCAGCUCAGCACGGACAGCAAAGGCAACUCAAAAGCAGGAAAUGGAGCAUCAGAGAACCAGAAAGGAGCUGGAGGGAAGAAGACCCCAAUGUUGUGUGGUCAGUAUCCGACUAAGGGUGAGGGGAAGGAGCUGAAGAUAGUGGUACAGCCGGAAACCCAGCACAGGGCUCGUUACCUCACUGAAGGCAGCCGGGGCUCAGUGAAAGACCGGACCCAGCAAGGCUUUCCAACUGUAAAGCUGGAAGGUCACAACGAGCCAGUGGUGCUGCAGGUAUUCGUGGGUAAUGACUCCGGUCGAGUGAAACCGCAUGGGUUCUACCAGGCCUGCAGAGUUACUGGGAGAAACACUACUCCCUGUAAAGAAGUGGAUAUAGAGGGGACUACUGUUAUUGAGGUUGGACUGGACCCAAGCAACAACAUGACACUGGCGGUUGAUUGCGUGGGAAUAUUGAAGCUGAGAAAUGCUGAUGUUGAAGCUAGGAUAGGGAUUGCUGGCUCCAAGAAAAAAAGCACACGUGCUAGGCUGGUAUUCCGUGUUAACAUCACUCGCAAAGAUGGUUCAACUUUGACUCUCCAGACACCUUCUUCCCCAAUUUUGUGCACUCAACCAGCAGGAGUUCCAGAGAUCCUAAAGAAAAGUCUGCACAGUUGUUCAGUGAAGGGUGAAGAGGAAGUUUUUCUGAUUGGCAAGAACUUUCUAAAGGGAACAAAAGUGAUUUUCCAAGAGAAUAUUUCUGAUGAGAAUUCUUGGAAGGCAGAAGCUGAAAUAGACAUGGAAUUAUUUCAUCAGAAUCACCUUAUUGUGAAGGUGCCACCAUAUCACGACCAGCAAAUAACCUCAGCUGUUUCUGUGGGAAUAUAUGUGGUGACCAAUGCUGGAAGAUCGCACGACGCGCAACCAUUUACAUACACUCCAGAUACAUCUGGUACUCUGAAUGUUAACGUGAAGAAGGAAAUCUCCAGCCCAGCCCAACAUUGUUCUUUUGAAGAGGCUAUAAAAGCAGUGAAGGCCACUGGUUGUAACCUGGAGAAGGUAAACAUUCUUCCUAGUGCCUUGAUAACUCCACUCAUGCCAAGCAGUAUGAUUAAGAAAGAGGAUGUGGCUCCAAUGGAAGUAUGUGCAGAAAAAAGAUCUCCCCCUGUGUUCAAGGCUUCAAAUGUGGUUGGACCAACUCAGCAAACAUUGGAAAACAGUAUGUCUGGCAUAUCAACUUCUGCUUCCCAUUUACCUUCUGAAAAUGAAAGCCAGCAACAAAUACAGCCGAAGGUGUAUAAUCCAGAGUCACUAACUACGAUCCAAACACAGGACAUUUCCCAGCCUGGUAGCUUUUCAGCAGUCUCUACUCCGGGUCAGCUGCAGAACAGCGAUGCAUUGUUGCAGCAAGCAGCGCAGUUCCAAACAAGAGAAUCCCAAACUAGGGAAGUCUUGCAAUCAGAUGGCACAGUAGUGACUUUGUCACAGUUGACUGAUGCAUCGCAACAACAGCAGUCUACACUCUCAGAACCAGCACAGGCACUGCAGCAACAGAUCUCAUCAAGUAUUUUCUCAUCGGCGAGUGGCGUGAGUCAGUUACAGAACACUAUCCAGCAACUGCAAGCUGGAAAUUUUCCAACUAACACUGCCACUGGCAGCAACAGAAAUGUUGACUUGGUGCAACAGGUAUUGGAAGCUCAACAGCAGUUAUCUUCUGUUCUAUUUUCUGGUUCAGACAGCAAUGAGGAUGUUCAAGAUCAGCUAAAUGCAGAUAUCUUUCAGCAAGUUAGCCACAUACAAAAUAGUGUCAAUCCUGGGAUUUUUUCCUCAUCCGACACAGCUGUCCAUUCCAGACCAGAGAACCUUUUGCCUGGACGAGCUGAAAAUGUUCACUCGCAGCCUGAAAACGCGUUGUCCAAUCAACAGCAACAACAGCAGCAGCAGCAGCAGGCGAUGGAGACUUCUGCAGCGAUGGUGAUAGGAAUCCAACAAAACAUUUGCCAAGCUGCAACUCAGAUGCAGUCUGAUCUGUUCUCUUCAACAACUUCAGGGAAUGGAGCCCUCCAACAGUCACCUGUUUAUCAGCAGGCUUCUCACAUAAUGAGUGGGUUGUCGACAAAUGAAGACAUGCAAAUGCAGUGCGAAUUGUUCUCUUCAUCUCCUGGUGUUUCUGGAAGUGAGACUACUCCUACGGCACAGCAGCAGGUCUCCAACAACGGACCUACUAUGUUUCAGGCGUCCAAUUCUGCAGAUGGAGAGGAAGCUUCAGGACAGAAUAAACAGAUGCAAAGUACCGUAUUUCAGACCAUGGUUCAAAUGCAGCACAGCGGAGAAAGUCAGUCGCAAGUUAAUCUCUUUUCAUCUACCAAAAACAUGAUGACCGUUCAGGCAAGUGGAACCCAACAACAAGGAGGUGGGCUGUUCCAGCAAGGCGGAGAAAUCAUGUCUAUUCAGUCAGGAAGCUUUAUGCAGCAGUCUCCACAUUCACAAGCUCAACUUUUUCACUCUCAGAAUCCUAUUGGUGACACUCAGAAUAUAUCACAGGAAACACAAGGCUCUAUUUUCCACAGCCCAAAUUCCAUUGUCCACAACCAGGCCAGUACCAAUUCCUCAGACCAGCUGCAGCCUCCAAUGUUCCAUUCGCAGAAUGCCAUGGGUGUAUUACAGAGCUCUUCAGUUCCUCAAGACCAGCAGUCUGCCAACAUGUUCCUUUCCCAGAGUUCCAUGAACAACCCUGCAACUCAGGAAGAACAGAUGUCAUUCUUUACAAGCCCAAAUUCCAUUUCUCCUCUUCAGACAGCAACAAACACUGAACAGCAGACUUCUUUCCAGCAGCAGACACAGAUCUCUCAUAUCCAGAGUUCCAUGCUUCCCCAAGAACAGCCACAGACCCAGCCUGCUCAGCAAGGUUUGUUCCAGUCUCAAGUGUCGUUAGGCUCUAUCCAGUCCAGUUCCAUUCCCCAGAACCAACAGGGAGCUAUCUUCCAGCCUCAGCAUUCGAUAGUUGCCAUUCAGAGUAGUCCUCCAUCGCAAGAACAGCAGCAACAGCAACAGCAGAACAUGAUGUUCAGUAAUCAAAAUGCAAUGAGUACAAUUGCUUCUCAGAAGCAGAACAUAAUUUUCAAUCCAAAUCAAAACCCGGUUACCAAUCAGGAGCAACAGGGCCAGUCCAUUUUUCAUCCACAGACUAACAUCGCACCGAUGAACCAGGAGCAGCAGCCCAUGCAAUUCCAGAGUCAGACGACAGUGUCUUCUCUUCAGAAUCCUGGAUCCAACCAGGCUGAAGCACAGCAGCCAGCCAUCUUCCAUAACUCACCCCAGAUUCAGUUGGUCCAAGGGUCGCCAAGUUCGCAAGAGCAACAAGUCACUCUCUUCAUCUCUUCAGCUUCCAUGUCUGCCUUGCAGAACAGUAUGAGCCAGCAAGAGCUGCAGCAGUCGCCGAUGUUCUCUUCUCAGAACAGCAUGGCGGGAAUGCAGGGAACUGCUUCUCCUCCGCAGCAGCAAGCGUCUCUGUUUCACAACACGGCGGGAGGUGCUAUCAACCAGCUGCAGAAUUCUCCUGCUUCGUCUCAGCAAACGUCAGGAAUAUUCCUGUUCGGCAUUCAGAACAACUGUGGGCAGCUGCUAACCUCUGGACCAGCUACGUUACCGGAUGAGUUGAUGGCCAUCAGCCAGCCGGGUCAGCCACAGAGCGAGGGACAAGCAGCAGUGCCAACGCUGCUCUCCCAGCAGAUAUCGGAGACUCCUCCACUGCCUUCAGCUAUGGCAACCAACCAGAAUAUUGAGAAAAUUGAUGAUCUGCUUGUGUCAUUGCAAAACCAGGGGAACAAUAUGACUGGCUCCUUUUAAUUAGGCAAAAAUCCCAUGAAGAAAAAAAAAAGUGACGAUUUCCCAGAUCCUCUCAGACCUUCUGGCUUGGGAUUAGGCUGUGUGCAACUGAUUGCUUCUGUCAAAACGCGGCCCUCUUCUCUAAAGAGCACACACGUGGCCAAUUGCAGCGUCUAGCACCUAAGGCCAUAGUAUUUGGGAUUUGUAGUGCCAAUAAUGCUGAAGAGCUAUGCUUUGUCUUACUAGGGCGCGGGAUUGUACUGUUACCAGAUUCCUACACCUCAUUAACAGUGGGGGGGGCUCUUUGAAUUUAAAGCAUAUCUGGUCAGUUAUUAUUGUUAGAAGGUAACACACACGUCACCACGUUUACUUUUGUUCCCUCCUCUUCCUUCUUCACAUCCCCUCUUCUGACUAGAAAAGCUUGUGAAGCAGAAACAUCAAAUGCCUGUGCUGUGAGCCGCGUGUCGCAGCUGUCAGGAAGUGAAGGCAUCGCGUGUUCUACAGUCGAGUGGGAGAGCUAAUCCUGCGAUUUGUUAAUUGCAGUAGGUGGCAUUGAAAAACAUUGGUAACUGUAAUAAGCAAGCAGGGAAUUGCUUGCUGCUGUCGAUAGCCAGAGGUGGGGGCUUCCCGUCUGGGAAUGUGAUUAACGGUUUUCCAUGUCUCUUACGUGUAACUGUACAUAGAGCAAGGGUUCGGUGGCUCUAACAAAAUGAAGGGGAAUGUCCAGUUAAAUUUUACUCUUAAAAUGUUGCUCUCUAAAAUACCUUCAGCUUGAAAUGAACCUUCUGCCUGGCCGAGGAAAGAACUCCUCUGUCUCUCUCACUCUGUAUGGGUUAGAACUCGGUAGAGCUGCACUGUCCAUUCUCAAACCAGCCUUCUCCCUUUCAUUCUUCUCAUGAUUUUCCUUCUCCCUCCCUCAGUUUCAUACUGUGUUUUCAAAAACGACGUAAAUAUCGUACUGGCUUUAAAGAUCGGAAGCAGCUUUUAGGAGUCUGUGGCAUUAAAUUGCUUAGUUGGGAGAAGCUUUGACAAAUAAUCAAGGAUUAAGGAAAGAGGAAGCAAUUUCUCCACCACCUUCUCAGUGCAGGAAUCCCCCUGAACCAGUCGUUCUCCAGCUGUUACUGAUACAAACCUUUCAGCUUGACUUUACUCCAAGUAGAGGGCAAAUUAUUUUAAGCAUUCUUGAGAAUUUCACUUCAUCCUGAGCUGUUGCGUCUUUGUAGCGUAUUGAGCUCAUUGCAGUUUCGAAGUGACUUUUCAAUUUAAUACCCACAAUCUCCCAGUCUGGUUCCUACACCGUCAUGUCUCAAAUCAAACAAAUAUUGUCCAAAUCAAACAAAUAUUGUCCGAUGUUACAGAAUGUAAAGCCAACCCACUCCAGACCAUGCAGUUGUAUCGUGAGGCAUGUGAAUUUUUUGGGUGCUCCAACUAUCCGGACAGUUUUGUGGUAUCUCACUACAGCCUCUUUCAGAUAUUUGUUUCUUCUCCUUCCACACGUAGAAAGCUGUUGCUGCAGUUAGAGCCAAACAGCUGUCGUGUAUGGCUAUUAUGCCUCAGUAGAGUGUAGUUGGUAUCACGUCAUUUUACAUUUUUGUUAUUUGAAAUAACAAAGAAUAGUCUGUAAAUGGUUUUUAAGUUACUCGAGUCUGUUUACUGUGUGUUUUUUCCCUUAACUUGUGUGCUUAGUUGAGCCGUGUAGAGUUUUUGUUUGUUUUAAUGGAUUUUCCUGUUUGUCGGUCUGUCCUAACGUUCACUUUCUCUUUCUGUCUCUCUCUUUCUCUCUCUCAUUGAGAGGCAUUGAAUUACGUUUUCAGUAGUAAGGCUUCUUGCCGAUAUGAAGGGAACUUUUCAGAAAGAGACCUGCUCUGGGUCAUUUAAUUUUGAAUACAGUUUUCAAUCGUUCAAGUUUUGGAUGGUUUAUAUCUAAUGUGUGUUUCAUUUUUUUGGAAAGCUAUAUUUUGUAUUUAGGAAAUGGUAUACUAUUUUGCUAUUUGUACUGAGUGAGUACAUUGGCAUAAAUAUAAAAAUUUAUAUAUAUACAUAUAUAUAAAAUAUUCUUUUUUGCCACACAUUUUUGUGGUAAAUUUGUGAGUUUGUCUGAUGUUCUACCACAACGUGGCGUCUGAUAACAGUGGGGUGGGGUGGGGUUUGUUAUGUCUUUAUUGAGUAUUUAAGUACUUUUUGCAACAUAAAUAACUUGUUCAUCUCUCGCCAUUCCAUCGGGCAGUUUCUUGUUCCAACCGGCUAUGAGAAGCUUCGCUGUGUGUGUCGAUGUGUCUGUCACUCAGCAAUACGACCUAGCAAGGAAACCCGUAGGCAUUUAGGCGUAUAUACAAUACCGGGGUUUCAUUCAGAAUGAGCCAUUCAGCUUUUAUCCACUAUCAUUGUCUAUUUAAUAUUUUAUUACUAGCGCCUCUGUGUUUUAACUCUUAAUUUAUGAUUAUGCUUAAAAUGUUUAAAAUUUUAAUCACGAUAAAAAGAAUUCCCUGCUUCAUAAUGUCCAGAGCUGCUUUAUAACCCUGAACUAUACUUUCUUUCUGUGAUUACUUUUUGUUUUUUCUUCCUAUGACAAAAUAUUAACAAAAUCCUCUUAACGGUUCAUGACAUGAGAACAGUGAUCCUGCAGCGCUGACUAAAUAGGAAGCUUUGUUAGAAGACUUGAGGAAUUAUGGACCGAAACGACUUCCAGACGGUUGUGGAAGUCGAUAGCCGGUUAUUUGAAACCAAACUGGUGGCUUUUGCAGGAUCGCGAUCCCAGGACAAACUGCUGGGUGUCACCUGGGGGCCUUCGUACACAGAAGAAGUAAUAGGAAUGAUAAAUUCACUCGUGUGCUGCUUCAAUUCGUUCUGUCGUUCCAAAGGGGUGUAUCCUUCCGUUGAAGUGCUGUUGGUCGGUGCCAAGUCACUAGGGACCAAUUCUCCAUUUAUAACAAGAUGAGUGUCCAAAAGAGAACUUCAUACCAAGACUGCUACAGCUCCAGGGGAAGGGUAUGGUUGAAUCGUGUGCGUAUUUUAGGUCGCUUAUGAAAAGAGAAAAACAAAUAUAAAAAUAAAUAGAUUAAAAAGAAAAAAAAAAAAGGGCUGUGCUAUCACAUUUUUACUUCUGGAUAACACCUUUCUUUAAUUGUGUUCAAUUUAUCUUGUUCAUUUUAGGUCAAUGUUUAAACGUACAACACUUUGAACAUGUGAUUUGGUUACAAAAAGUAUUUGUCUGAGGAAUGGAGAGCUUGCUCAGCGGUUGAUCAGUGCUGGAACUGCUGCUCGCAGACAGCUGUUACGGAGGAUAAAGAGGUUUGAUAAGCCAAUAAAGAGCUUAAAGGCAGCUGCAGGAUUUCAUGGCAGAAAGAUCCAAACAGGGUGAGCCACAUCUGGAUUUUAAUCAGAGUCCUGCACGUUUCCUUACGUGGUUUAAGCGGUUGAUAGUGAUAAUUGGAGCUUACUCUGCUUUUGGUUUGUUAUCCCUGUGGUGGCUGCUCUGCUGCGUGGGGAGCAGACAGCGCUGCCUGCAGAGCUGACGCGUGUCCGCUUCCAGGCCGGUUUGUUUGGAAGUUAGAAGAUACUGACCCGGGAGGCUCUGUACAUUUAAAGUUCUUGAUGUUGUUAUAAAGCAGAAGUUACUGUCGUACCCACAGAGCAGCGAUUAAACACGGAAGAUCUUACCAGGUGAAGAGCGAUGAACUGCAGAGCUGCGUUGCUGGGAUGGGUUUCGUGUGCCAGGGGGUGGGUUUUUUCGCUCUUAAAGAAGCGUUAAAGCUGCUCCUCCAUGUGGAGCUUGGGCUGGACUGUCCAGCUGUGCCUCGCGGCACCCGAAGGCCGUGCGGGCGCACAGGACAGCGCUUUGGGGGCACAGAAACAUCAGGGAGGGGGACCUGCUCAGCCCAGCUGGGGUUCUGCGUGCAUUCUUCUACUCUGUUAAUAUAUAUAUAUAAAAACAAAUGUGAAUAACACCCCACAAAGUUAUUAGCUGAACAUCUCUGGCAGGAAGUUAUUGGAGCUUUGUGCUUAAUGAGCGGGUCUGUGUUCUGUUAUUAAUUGCCUCCUCGCUGCCUGCUCUUUCAGCAGUUCUUCAAGCCAAAUGCUUUGCUGUUGUUUUAACAAAUAGUUCAAGAAAUCAUUUCAGCCUUGCUAUUUCGAAGUAGAUAUUUAAUCGCCAAUCACUUUAUUAUAAUUAUUUUUGAUUACUGACAAGGUGUUUACUUCCUCUUUAGUUUUAAGGUAGAAUGAAGCGUAAACGGUUCGGUGUUUGUUACUUUGGCAGGUUUUUGUACUGGAAAUACCGAGUCUGGGCAGCUGUUUCAGUGGACAUUCCUCUAAUUUAGAGAAGUUGAACUUUUUUUUUUGUUUAAAGCGUUUGUUGUGAUUUUGAUUUAGAAUGUAGUUUCUGAAAACUUGUUAUUGGACUAAAGAAGUUAGAGGUGGUUUCCCCGGGGUGGGGGCUGUGCCCGCAGGCGUGGGCACCGGCAGGAGGGGUUAGAACAGAGGCUGCCCCCUCCCUGGAGGGGUUCCAGGCCAGGUUGGAUGGGGCUCGGAGCCCCUGAGCCAGCGGGAGGUGUCCCUGCCCAUGGCAGGGGUGGCACUGGGAGGGUUUAAGGUCUCUUCCGACCUACACCAUUCUAGGAUUCUAUUAAUUAUCAGUUUUUGCAUCCCCUGCCUCUGUGUGGAAAACUGUUGGAUUGCUUUUUCAGGGUAAUUACAGGAUAGGGUACAAGGGAUUAUGGACUUCAGCCAAGUGAUAAAAGCAAAGAUGGGGAGGAGGAGUUGCUUUGCAUGCUCUGAGCUACAAAUUGGAGGUGGAAGGUGAUGAGAAAUAUUGAUCACUGGUGACUUCUUGUUAGUGCACAAUUUAUUUUCAAGGGAUAUGUGCAUUUUAUGUCCCAGAACUGGUGGCAGCUCUGUUAUUUUAGAAGUGAAAAGGGAACAGGUACCGAAUUGCUUGCUUUGGGGUUUUUGUUUAUAUUUGGAGUAGCCCUUUGGGAUAGAUUGUGAUAACCUCGUGUUCGCAUUCAGACCCGUUGUGUGUGACAGUAGCACCUGAGCGGACAAACAGGCGCGUCUGCGAGCUGGGCAUCGAGCACGGAGCAUCCCUGGUGGAAAUGUGAUGUGGUGUGGAGAUACAAGGAAAAAGGCAGCAGCAGAGAAACUUCUGUAAAUGUGUACUUGUAAAAUUCUCUGCUUGAGUGUGGGAUUACAUGGGGGGAGAGGCUUUUCCUUUUUUAUCACCUGUAUAGGUGUGUAAAUAUGCAGUGCCUGUAUAUUUUAGGGUUAUAUAUAUGUAUAUAGAGGAGCUGUAUAUCUAUUAUAUAUAAAUAACUAGUAGACACAUGCAUAGGAUACUGUUAUAUUUACAUUUUUAUAUAUUACUUUUCCUUAGUAUGAGGUUAUUUACUGAGGGUUUUGUAGUAACUCAUUUAUUGUUGUAUAAACCCCUUUCUAUUGUACCUGUGGCACUGUUGGUAGUGUUGCUCCAGAAACUUGCUCUGCUUGUGAACGUCACCAAUAUCCACAGCUUUAAAACCGCGUACACUUUUGUAUUUUUAUAUAUUUUUAUUAAGAAUUGCAGAUGUGUUGGGUCAGAGCUGCCCGCUGGGUGGGCUUGGCGAGUGCAGCAGCAGCAGCGCAGGGUUCCUGCAUCCGUGGGCUCCCCUGCCAGCUUCCCUCUCGUGACUCCAGACCCUUUUCCGUUCUUGGUCUCCCAGCAGCUCGUGCCAACAGGGAAUAGUGGCGCUGUGCUGCUCCGGAGGGACUGGGGGUUAUUGAUCAUUCUUGCAUAGCAAAGGGUCCUGGCUGCUGCUCAGCUGGCUUUAGUUUGGAUGGGGAAGGAGAAGCUUGACCUGCUGUUCCUCUUCCCUCGAGUCUGAUACAGGGAGGCAUCUUUAAUCUUUUAUUUUACUGACUUUGUACUGCAGCAGCCACUCUCUAUAGAAACUCUUUCCUUCAAAGCUGGUGGAAGCUCUCCCUGGUUUCCAGCCGCAAGGAACCUCCCCAGCGUGCACCAGUUCUUACAGAGGGUGAGAAAUUGAGCUCUCUAAAAGAAAUCCAGGUCAUAAAAUCGAUAGCGUGUAUUUUAUCCACGACUCCUCAUCUUGAAUCACGUCUGUUCCGCUGUGUUUGACAGGAGGUUGAGCCAGAGACAUCGUCCUAGUACAGGUUUUAUCAAAGCAAAUGUCCUUAUUUAUUCUCCUCAAGCCAUCAGUUUGCAGGUCCCUUCUCCCCCGUUUCCAGAGGUCUGUAACUCUGGCUGUUACGGUUCAUGAAAUUGUCUCCUAACAUUCAAGGGUGUUGGGACAAGGGUGAGGGAUCCGAGGAGUCCCUUCGCUGCUGCCCUGCAGGUGCUUGGCUCAGACUCCCAAACACCAACCCCAGCUGCAGCCUUCUGGGAAAUAGUGCAGUGGUGCACGUUUGCUCCAGGAUUCAGAUCAGGGUCCUGUGUUCAGGUCAUGUAAAUGACCUUCACUUCUCUUUUUAGUCUCUAAACUGCCCCUCUCUGGCGGGGGAAGGUCUGGUCCAAGUGCCCUUUGUGCAGGUGGGCAGGAGCGUGGCUGUCCCGGGUGUCGGGAAGCUCUCCUCUCAAAGCAGAGUGAGUGACCCUUCUGUUCCUCUUUCCUGCUUAGGCAAAUCACAGUAUUCCUCAAGUUUUUAUUAUUAGGGAUCCUAUUUGUAACGAGGUGAUUGGAAAUAUUUACAUGUGAGCUCAUGAUGAACGAGUAAGCUCCAAACAACCUGAGAGCAGAGCUCUCUACCUGUUAGUGGCUGCGCCUUGGAGUGGUUUUCCUGCCUUUCUGCCAUGCGUUCCUGGCGCGCACUCAUGGACCGCUGAGCUGCCUCCACUGUCCUGCAACGUGAAAGUAGCACCAGAUAUUCCUUUGUGCAUUUCUGUGUAGAUGGCUUUCGUAGUUGGGGUUCUUAAAGCACUGAUACCCAGUGUUUUCAGUUUGUUCUCUGAGGGGAUAUUUCAUUUGCAUCGUAUGUUUUUAGCUCUCCUGUGAUAACUUGUUGAAUAUUAAAAAAUAAAAAUAUUUUGCUUCUAUUGGGACAUUUGUAUACUCGCAACUAUAUUUCUGUAAACAGCUGCAGUCAAGAAUAAAACGAUGAAAGUUUUCAUUUUGCAGUGUAAAGUCUUGUUGUGUUUUUUUCAAGGGCAUCUUCUCUUUGCUGGGAGAAAAUUCCCAUUCUUCAGUACGGAAUCAGCCCCUCUGGGAACCAUCUGGCGCUCGGGUCAUGAAAUACGGGGAAGGCAGAGCCUGCCGUGGUUUGUGCCUGUGCUGCAUCCCACGGGGGUUGUUCUACACUGUUGUGUGGGCACUUUUUUUAAACAAAUUGCAAUGUUUCUUUCUGGUUUUGUGAUGUUAAAUCCAAAGUCACCACCUUAACCGCCCAAACCCCACCCUGCAAACUCCAGAGCCUUUAGAGACAUCGUUUCACAGCCAGGCUGUGUCCUGAGGGGCGGUGCAGGUGCCUCCCCAGGGUGGGCUGGGGGGCAGUUCUAUCCCAGGGGGGUGAUGCCAGAAGCCCUAAGCUGAGAUGACUGGAAUUAAAUCUCCUCUCCUGAAUAAUUAGCACAGUCCCACUUACCCG